AAUUUUGUGGAAGAACGCGUGACAGUGGAGGAAGGCAAAGUGCUCGUGAGUGAAAUGAUAAGCGUAAAUGUGGGUGCGGAAGCGGAAGCAUGCGGUUGUAUGGAUGAGGUAUCGCGGAGGAGUGUAAGAACGUUGAUGAGCGGAAGUAGAGGUGAUUUUUCAUUUGAUGGUGCCGAGAAGGACAUUAUCUUGGGUGACUUGGAAAAGGAUGGAAGUGUCUUUCCUGUCUUUGAUAAUCUAUCUCUUCCCUCGAUUGAAUCUACCAUUCCUGUUAUAGACGCUUCGACAUCCAUGCGAGCCUCAGAUGGGAGUUCAAGCAGCUUGUUGGAGAAUCAAGUUGGAACUGUUGUUGCAUUGUUACAAACGGAGGACCACGUUAUUAGUCAUGCUAGGCAGAUUCGAGAAAUAUCGACAUUAGCAGGUCGCUUUGACGAUACCACAUAUUACCAGCAGCCUGCGAUAGGAUAUGCCGAAAAAGAGGAUGAAUAUGUCCAGCAUCCGAGCGAUGGGACUCUAAUCGGAACAGAAUCGUUUUCCACAGAACCUGGUGUUGUCACAGAUUCGACAGCACUCGUCGAAGAGGAAAACUUGCAACCGGGGCAGACUGAAGAGACGAUGUAUGAAGAAGCAGUAGGAUUACAAGCACGUGACAUUGCGUUUUCCGCUGAAGAUGAGAACGAAAUGGCCACUACUUCUCGCGCAGAACCUACUUUUGAGGAAAGCCCUACUGAACAAUAUGCAGAGAUUGAGGUAGACACAUCAAGCCAAGCGAACAACUUCAUGCAGCUUACAGAAGAAGAACUAGCACAUAUAGCUCAUAUGUUGAAAAUUGCAGAAGAGACCUCUUUUGGAAUGCCGGCUUUGAGAAUGCCUUUCACAUCGAACCGUAGCGAAAUAGUCAAAAUCACUCGAUUUGGUGUAAGCACUCCAUUGCAAGGCACAAGAAUCUCGGAAGAAAGUUUGGAUGAAACAUCGGAGCUCGUUCAAAAACAAUCUUUUGAUCACUCCACUGAAAAUGAUAUCUACCACACUGAUGCACAAGAUAAGAUCACAGCUAUCAUUGAAGAACUUACAACCGAUGAGCUCAUCCGAGAUGCAUUGGAUCACACUCCAUAUGUUCAGGAUAUCGUAGAAAUACCCUUAGAAUCAUGUGUCGACACAUCCACUACACAUGCCGCGGAUGUUACUGCACCAACAGUAGCAUCCGAAACCGGAGCUCCGAAGGUCCACGAAUAUCAGGACAUG